UAUUUUUAAUUAGUUGAUGAUUUAUUUAUCUUCGAGAUAAAAAAUCAGGAACAUAUUUAUCGUUUUUUCUGUAAUGAAUACCAAAUACAUAUCAUAUCAAAAAUAAUAUUCAAGCACUAAACUAACCACUAAAAUCAACCAUCAAUGUAUUUGUGUCUAAUACAUGUGUGGUUUAAUUUAUUUUAAAUGUGCAUUUAUAUUUAAAUAUAAAAGCCGUUAGAUGAAAAUUUAGUCAAAUCAUUUAACGGCUCUCAACUAUCAACUUCAUGUGAAGUUGGACUGCACAUGAGUUUUUACCUAUUCUAUAGUAGAAAUUCAAGUACAGUUAAAUUCACGUGAAAUUGAUAACUAAAAGCCGUUAGAUGAAAAUUUAGUCAAAUCAUUUAACGGCUCAACUAUCAACUUCACGUCAUGAGUUUUCACCAUAUUCUAUGCCUUUGGUGUACACUUAGUAUAGUCCUUCUUAUAUACACACUAAUUUGACAAGUGGCUAACUAAAAGGGCAAACUAUUCAUAUAGAUGGCAAGUUGGAAUAAUACUAAUGAAGUAAUGAAGAUUAAAGCCAUGUUGGAGGAGGGACAACCUCGCUUUAAGGAGGAAUGCUGCAUCUAUAGGGUGCCCCAUGAGAUCCGCAAGUUUAAUGAAGAUGCAUACACUCCAAAGGUUGUUUCCAUUGGUCCUUUGCACCAUGGAAAUGAAAAAUUGCUAAACAUGGAGGAUCAGAAAAAAUUAUAUUGCAGACAAUUCAUUGAAAGAUCGGAGACAAAUAACUUGGAAGGUUUUGUGAGGUGUGUGCGAGAGCUGGAGCCAAAGGUUCGUUCUUGUUACUCAGAUAACAUCAAGCUCAGUGAAGAAGACCAUGUUAGGGUCAUAUUGGUGGACUGCUGCUUCAUAUUAGAGCUUUUACUCAAGUACCAUUUUAACCAGAGGACAAGUCAUGAUGCCAUUUUUCUGUCACCAUGGUUACAGACCAAUGUACAAUUAGAUUUGGUGUUGCUCGAGAAGCUUUUCAAUCUAGCUUUUCCUUCUACUUUGAAUAGUGGCAACCCAAGCCAUCCUUCUUUAUUAUUAUGGCUUGCUUUUCUUUAUAUGGUUCCUCACAGUACCAUUCCUGGUGAUAUUGAUGAGCUAACCUUAUCCAGUGUUGGUGAAAUAGCUCAUUUCACAGAUUUAUCAAGAAAGUUUCUAUUAACAUCCUCUCACUUAUUCCAACCAUCAGCCUCUGGAUGCUCAAGAGAAGCACAGCUAACACAACUCUACAGUGCAACUGAGUUGAAGGAAGCAGGAGUGAAGUUUGAGGUAAACAAAAAUAGUAAAUGCUUACUGGACUUGGAAAUUUCAGGUCAUACUCUCAGAAUUCCUUUUACUAGAGUGCAUGACUGGACUGAAGUUGUUUUGAGAAAUUUGUUAGCUUUUGAGCAAUGCCAUUGUAUCAGGGAAUCCUAUCUCGCGCACUAUAUCUUUUUCUUAGAUUUUCUUAUCAACACAGAAAAAGAUGUAGAUUUGCUGAUUAAGAAAGGAAUAGUUGAGAAUUGGUUAGGUGAGAGCAAUGCAGUGGCUAAAAUGUUCAAUGGUCUUGCAGUGAAUCUUGUGAAUGUAGGUUUUAAUGUGAAAUAUUCCUGUAUUUUUAAAGGCUUGAAUGCUUUCUGUAAGAAACCUUGGAACAGAAAAGUAUCAACUUUGAAGCGCGACUACUGCAACACUCCGUGGAAGACGGUAGCUUCCAUUGCUGGAAUUUUUCUACUUAUUCUCACUGUUAUUCAAACAGUGUUUUCUAUCCUCCAAGGAGUACAUUAG